UCCGCUGAGCACUUUUUACUGACUUAAUGAAGAGGUGCGGACCUAGAGGAAGCAGAACUCCAGAAAACGUAAUGGUGUCCUCAGGCAUGCGUGCAGUUUCCCUAAGGAAGCCCGUGCAGGAAGCCGCAGGGCUCCAAUAUCUCCUCCGAACUCUGAAGCAUCGUGACCGGGAAGUGGAUGGCACCCGAGACUAUAUUCACAGAGGAAAUUCUUAUUUCAUCUCAAUGAAGACAUCGUUGGAGGAGGGAUUGGAUUCCUACAAAGAAAACUGGGCCAAGAUUGUGAAUGUUUUCCAGGCUCAAGAAGCAUAUGGCUAAAUUUCCCUCCAAUCUGAUCAUGACACAACACUUAGAAAAAGUCCUUCCAACAGCCGCUAUUGUGAGGUCCAUCAGAUGACGGGGAACUACAUGUGGGACCCCAACACCAACAAGUCCUUUGACAUCGGUGUCAACAGAGACAGCCUGAUGCCUCUCUGGUGGAAUGGAUCAGAACCUCUGUGGGUCACUCUGACCAAGGCCAAGAGGAAUGUCUACAUGUACUACUGGCCAGGCUGUGAGGUUGAGAUUCUUGGUGUCAGACCUACUUACUGCCUGGAAUAUAAAAACGUCCCAACGGAUAUCAAUUUUGCCAAUGCAGUCAGCGACGCUCUUGACUCCUUCAAGAGUGGCCGGGCCGACCUGGCAGCCGUCUACUACGAGCGCAUCGACGUGGAAGGCCACCACCACGGCCCCUCCUCGCCUCAGACCCAGGACGCCCUGAAGGCUGUGGACACCGUCCUGAAGUACAUGACCAAGUGGAUCCAGGAGCGGGCGCUGCAGGACGACCUCAAUGUCAUCAUCUUCUCAGAUCACGGAAUGGCCGACAUCUUCUGGAUGGACAAAGUGAUCGAGCUGGAUAAGUACAUCAGCCUGAACGACCUGCAGCAAAUGAAGGACCGGGGGCCAGUCGUGAGCCUGUGGCCAGCCCCCGGGAAACACGCCGAGGUAUAUAACAAACUGAGAACUGUAGAACACAUGACUGUCUAUGAGAAAGAAGCCAUACCAAACAGGUUCCAUUACAAGAAGGGGAAAUUCGUCUCUCCUUUGACCUUGGUGGCCGAUGAAGGAUGGUUCAUAACUGAGAAUCGAGAGACGCUCCCAUUUUGGAUGAACAGCACCAGCAAGAGGGAAGGCUGGCAGCACGGGUGGCAUGGCUAUGACAAUGAAAUCAUGGACAUGCGGGGCAUCUUCCUGGCCUUUGGACCUGAUUUCAAAUCCAACUUCAGAGCCGCUCCCAUCAGAUCCGUGGAUGUCUACAACGUCAUGUGCAAUGCGGCAGGCAUCGCCCCCCUGCCCAACAACGGCUCCUGGUCCAGAGUGAUGUGCAUGCUGGAGGGUCGGGCCGGCCCGGUUCCGUCUGCCCUACCGAGCGGCUGUGCGCUGGCCGUGACCCUCCUCUUACUGUUUGCGUAGCUGCUCCUACUGUUGCCCCCAGACACUCAGCCAAGUGUGCCUCUGUGGCGGAAUGGCUUUCAUUGCCCAUGUGAAUAAUAGCUUCAUUAACACAAUCAAGGCCACAAAAAUUGUAAAUACAUUAUUCUUGGAUGAUUCUGUA